GUCGUACAGACUGCCAACGCGGUGUGACCGGCUGAGCUGAGUGACCGGACCGAAAGCUGGCUGUGUACACCUGCGAGAUUGAAAUCUACAUUUCAUCUCUUCUCAUCCAUACGACGACGACCACAGAAUACCUCUCACCAUGGGCUGGAUCCAGGACAGCAAUGCCGCCGUGGCGCGGUCAUUUGUAGGGCGCUACUUCCGCCUUCAAGGCAGUGGACAUCCCAAAGAGCGAAAGAAUACGUACUUCUGGACAGAGAUCAGAGCAGGUCUGGCGACUUUCUUCGCCAUGGCAUACAUCAUUUCCGUCAACGCUAGCAUUGUUUCGCAAUCUGGAGGAACUUGCGUAUGCGAUUAUGAAGCGAGUCCAGACGUAUGCGACUCCGAUCCGGCGUACAUGCUGUGUGUGGCUGAGGUUCAGCGGGAUUUGACGACGGCUACGGCUGCUAUCAGUGCGCUUUGCUCAUUCGCUAUGGGGAUCCUGGCCAACAUGCCAAUCGCUAUCGCUCCUGGAAUGGGACUCAACGCCUACUUCACUUUCAACGUAGUUGGCUAUCACGGAACAGGCAAUAUCCCGUACCAGACCGCCUUGACCGCUGUCUUCCUCGAAGGCUUCGUUUUCGUGGUUCUGACCAUUCUUGGACUCCGACAAUGGCUCGCCCGCGCCAUCCCGCACUCGAUCAAGAUGGCUACUGGGGUGGGAAUUGGUCUCUACCUCACUCUCAUCGGCUUGACGUACUCUGCUGGCAUCGGACUCGUAACUGGAGCAACUUCAACCCCUUUGGAGCUGGCUGGCUGCAUUGAGUCUGCCAAGGAUGAGAUGGGAAUCUGUCCGUCUGGUGCCAAGAUGCGUUCUCCUACGCUAUGGAUUGGAAUCUUCCUUGGGGGCAUCAUGACCGUCUUCCUCAUGGCCUUCCGUGUGAAGGGAGCAAUAAUCGCAGGCAUUCUCCUCGUCUCCAUCACCUCCUGGCCUCGCGACACCGCCGUGACAUUCUUCCCAUACACAGAACUCGGCACCUCUCGCUUCGACUUCUUCAAACAGGUUGUCACCUUCCAUCCGAUCCAAAAGAUUCUCGCCGUACAAGACUGGGACAUCUCCGCCCAUGGUGGCCAGUUCGCCGUCGCUUUCAUCACGUUUCUGUACGUUGAUAUCUUGGACUGCACCGGAACUAUGUACUCCAUGGCGCAAUAUGCUGGAGCUCUGGACCCGGAGACGCAAGACUUUGAGGGCUCUGCGAUCGCAUACCUGGUGGACGCUUUUGGCGUGAGUAUUGGGAGUUUGAUGGGAUGUUCCCCUGUGACGGCGUUCAUCGAAUCCGGCGCUGGUAUUUCGGAGGGUGGAGCCACCGGCUUGACCGCCAUGACCACCGGUCUCGCCUUUUUCAUCUCCAUUUUCUUCGCCCCGAUCUUCGCCUCGAUCCCUCCAUGGGCCACCGGAUGCACGCUCGUCAUCGUCGGCUCUCUGAUGUGCAAAGCCUCCGCCGACAUCAACUGGAACUACAUCGGCGAUGCCAUUCCUGCUUUCCUCACCAUCGCCAUCAUGCCCUUCACCUACUCCAUCGCCUACGGUCUCAUCGCGGGUAUCAUGUCUUACAUUCUCAUCAAUACCACGAUAUGGAUCAUCGAGAAGGCUACCGGCGGUAGAAUACGACCGGCGGAUAAGGAGAAGAAGGAGUUCUGGACGUAUAAGCUGCCCGGAGGUGUGUUCCCGCCUUGGUUGAAGAGGGCCGCGACGGGGAAUAAGAGGUUUUGGGAGGCGGAGGAGGGACAGAGUGUGCAUGGUGGUGAGGUCGGUGUGCUGGAGGGCAAGGAGGCGAGAUUGUCGGUCGUCGAUGCUGGACGGGCGAGCUCGAGUAGUGGGGAGGUUACUGGUGGUCUGGGACAGAGUAAGGCUGCGUAG